AUGGUGCGUGGAUGGCUUGUGAGCGCCAUGGAGAACGAGAUAAAAGGAAGUGUGAAAUAUGUUGUCACUGCCCAUGAGAUCUGGCUUGAUCUCAAAGAAAGGUUUGGAAAAGAGAACGCUUCACGAGCGUAUGAAUUGCGAAGAAUUAUCACUACCAUACAACAAGGCAACAUGACUGUGUCCUCAUACUACACAAAAUUAAGAGGUGUGUGGGAUGAGAUUCGGUCCAUAAGUCAGAUUCCCACGUGUUCUUGUAAAGGAUGUAAAUGUGAAAUCAAUAAAGAGAUUGCUAGACUCCAUGACAAAGAACAUCUUUACGAUUUCCUUAUGGGGCUGAAUGAGGAAUUUAAUGCUGAUGAACAACAGUGCCAGAUUGGAACUGCACAAAAUUACAACUCCAAUUCGUCUGUGUUCCAAACAACAGGAAGAUCUGCACCUCGCCAAAAUAAUAAAGUUGGACCACAAUCAAGUAUGAGACAAGAAAAUCGAAGAAGAACCGAGGAUAAAUGGUGUACGCAUUGUCACAAAACCGGUCACAUGGUUGAAGGCUGUUUUGAAUUAAUCGGCUACCCGGAGUGGUGGAACUUGAAAUCCACAAAUGCAAAGACCCAGGCUGGAAAAUAA